CAAACGUCUUUUUUUAUGAAUGAAACGUCGUGCCCCCCUGUGACGUCAUCAGCCAAUGAGCUGCACCUGCAGCAGCAACAAGAGGCGUCCACGCCGUCGUCGCGCACGCACGCACUCACGCACGCACUCCCACCAGGCUCGCCCACGGACGCUAUCACGUCACAUCGUCACCCUUUAUCACCCAAACCGGCCAUGGGCCUCACAGGCAGCGACGGCGUGGCCGUGGAAAGACGUGUCGACCUGGCGUCCCUCUUCUGCAUGAUCGGGCGACACGGUCCGGCCGUGGCUCUGGCCGUGUUCGCCGUGGUGUCGGUGCUGGCGGGCUACGUCAUCUACCGGGCCGUGAGGAGGAGGAAGACCGAGGAAGUGAAGCUCCUUCCCGCCGGGGGCGACGAGUCCGCGCAGGCCGGACUGGAGGCGGCGAGAGCCGCUGCUUCAACAGAAGUUGCAGAUGACAACUCCCUGGAAUUGAAACAAGAGGAUGAAGAAACUGAAACUCAACCCCAAGUCCGGCAACGCCGUGCUGCUGCUGAGAGGGACUCUUGGCUCUGUUCUCCCCCUCAGACUGACAUCCGAGCACCAGUCAGCCACCAUGAUACCUCACCCCGCAUGCAAACUGUGCAGUCCUGGUCCAUGGAACCAGAUGUGGUCUUUGAGGAGCCCGGUCUGGCCCUGCAAAGUGCCGUGGCGGAAGUACAGGAGGAGGAUGCUGAGGUCUGCUCCUCCGGUGCCAGAGUGGACGCCGUGAAGGAUGAAGAGGUUCCACGGAGCAGCUUGGUGGAACCACCUGAGGUCUGCCAUGAAGAGCAUGACCAACCACACUGGGAUCUUGUCACAGAUGAGGGUAUUUCCAAGAAAAACUCCACACAAGAGGGAAACUUACCGCCUUGGAGUCAAGUUGUGUACUUGGAGGAACCCCUCGUCUUGGAGGAAUAUGCUGAUCAAGAUAAACAAGACAUUGGAUCUCCGCCAGAGACGGAAACCGUGGAGCUGAACACGACACACACGAGCCUAAAUAAUGCCGUUGAAAAUGUCAAUCGCCACCAAAACAAUGUUCAAGAAGAGGAGAGAACAAACGAGGUCAUCCAGGCUGAAGAGGGCGAUGAAGGAGAUCGCUUGAACGACACAGCUGUUGACGUCGAUGCUCAGUCGGAAGAACAUUCGGAGCAAGAGGACCACAGCCUGACAUGCGACCUAGAGACGGAUGUUCUUCAGGAUGAACCUGUGGAGGGUUGUCAAAUUAGUGUCAGCAGUGGAGACAAGCCAAGUGUCCCGGUUAUGCUCGAAGAACUCGUGGAUGAACUCGUGUCACGUAUCACCUCUGAUGCCUUGGGCUCUUUUCCUGACAAGUCAACAAAUGACCAACCACGGAAAGUAGAAGUUCCAACUUUGGAUGAAGAUGUUGAACCUCCAAUGCCAUCGGAUCAAAGUCAAAGUGCGACUGGAAUGACUGAAAAUGGUUCAACCACAGUGGAAGAUGAGGAACCGGUGGAACAUAUGUCCAUACCCCAUGUUCUCGUCGAUGAUGAUCAACAAAGCGUCCAAGAGGUGAACCAGUUUGAACCUCCGAUGACAUCGGCUGAAGUCCAAAACAUGAUUGAAAAUGAUUCAACCACAGAAGAUAAGGAACCGGUCGAACAUAUGUCCAUACCCCAUGUUCUCGGCGAUGAUGAUCACCAAAGCGCUCAGGAGAUGAACCAAUUUGAACCUCUGAUGACAUCGGCUGAAAUCCAAAACAUGAUUGAAAAUGAUUCAACCACAGUGGAAGAUGAGGAACCGGUCGAACAUAUGUCCAAGCCCCAUGUUCUCGGCGAUGAUGAUCACCAAAGCGCCCAGGAGAUGAACCAAUUUGAACCUCCGAUUACAUCGGCUGAGGUCCAAAACAUGAUUGAAAAUGAUUCAACUACAGUGGAAGAUGAGGAACCGGUCGAACAUAUGUCCAUACCCCAUGUUCUCGGCGAUAAUGAUCACCAAAGCGCUCAGGAGAUGAACCAAUUUGAACCUCCGAUGACAUCGGCUGAAAUCCAAAACAUGACUGAAAAUGGUUCAACCACAGUGGAAGAUGAGGAACCGGUCGAACAUAUGUCCAAAUCCCAUGUUCUCGGCGAUGAUGAUCAACAAAGCGUCCAAGAGAUGAACCAGUUUGAACCUCCGGUGACAUCGGCUCAAGUCCAAAACAUGAUUGAAAUGAUUGAAAAUGAUUCAACCACAGUGGAAGAUGAGGAACCGGUCGAACAUAGGUCCAUACCCCAUGUUCUCGGCGAAGAUGAUCACCAAAGCGCCCAGGAGAUGAACCAGUUUGAACCUCCGAUGACAUCGGCUGAAGUCCAAAACAUGAUUGAAAAUGAUUCAACCACAGUGGAAGAUAAGGAACCGGUCGAACAUAUGUCCAAACCCCAUGUUCUAGUCUAUGAUGAUCAACAAAGCUUGCAAGAGAUGAACCAGUUUGAACCUCCGGUGACAUCGGCUCAAGUCCAAGACAUGAUUGAAAAUGGUUCAACUACAGUAGAAGAUAAGGAACCGGUGGAACAUACGUCCAAACCCCAUGUUCUCGUCUAUGAUGAUCAAGAAAGCAUCCAAGAGACGAACCAGUUUGAGCCAUCGGCUAAAAUCCAAAAUAGGAUUGAAAAUGAUACAACCACAGAAGAUAAGGAACCGGUCGAACAUAUCUCCAAACCCCAUGUUCUCGUCUAUGAUGAUCAAGAAAGCGUCCAAAAGACGAACCAGUUUGAGCCACCAGCUCAAGUCCAAAACAGGAUUGAAACGAUAGCAAAUGAUUCAACCACAGAAGAUAAGGAACCGGUCGAACAUAUGGCCAAACCCCAUAUGUGCCCAAGUGCCCAAGAGAUUAACAAUGUAAACAUCAUUGACACAAUUACUGAAAUCGAUCCCUCCAUUCAGGAUCUGAGGGUUAACUCUGCAGUUGAUACAGAUGCUAGAAACCAAACCUUCCACAAGGGCAUUUCCUCCCAAGACCAACAAAAUGUCCAAAUUGAAGAUUUUUCCUUUGUCGUCAUUGAUCCUUCUCCUGACAUGACCCUACCACUCUUCAUGCCAAGCGAUCUGAGGGAUAACGACAUGACAUGUGGUGUCGGUGAAGAGAGCGGAAUUUCCAGCAUGGCCGUCAGCCCUGAACUAACUGACCCUGGGAAUCACUUCAGUGCCAUGGAGCUUCCGGUGAUGGAUCAGGAACCACCCGUGAAGGAGAAACCGGAGACUCAAACUAGCCUCUUUGCAGACAAUGCAAGUCUGUCAGUAAUUGGGGAAGUUGAAGCGGCAAUGGGGUUUGAGCCUCAACCAGAUCCGCUGUCCGACCGUUCUGAUCGUGACUCAUUUACAGUAAACCAGGUUGGAGACCAAAGAGUAGAGAUGAGAAGUGAUGAGCAGGAUGGGAAAGUUGCAGAAAGUUUUAAGGAGAAAAGGGAUUGUGCAGAAAAUAGAGAAACCGAAAAAGAUGAGAACUUUGCAAAGACUGAAAUAAAUAUCAUGGAGGCCACUAUGGACCAUAACGAGUGGAUCACAGAUAGUAACCAACAUCUUCCCUGGAUGAACCUCACACUGCCGUCUUUUGGCCAGCAUCACACCGCAGACCAGCUUCCCACUGAAGAACCAAAGCACACCGAUUCAGAGCCCCCAUAUGAAGUCCAACAAACCCACGGGCUCCACGUUCUUCAUGAAAAAGUGGGAAGUAGGAACGUCAGCGUGACCUUCCGUGUCCACUACCUCACCCAGUCGCCCUUCCAGAAGUUGGCCGUCACAGGAAACCGGCCGGAGUUGGGAAACUGGAAGGGGUACGUCCCUCUUGAGAGCGCCGAGGACGGACACUGGGCGGCCGCGGUGAGUCUUCCCGCCAAGAGCCUCGCGCAGUGGAAGUUUGUGGUGGUGGACCAGGGGGAGGUCUGUCGCUGGGAAGAAUGCGGCAACAGACUGCUCGAUACGGGAUGCGGCGAAGAUGUGCUCGUGCACAAAUUUUGGGGUUUUCUGUGAGGGCCGUUAUAGGUCAUGAGGUGUGUCGGGUACUAUUUUAACGCAGGGCUUUUUUUCUCCAGUAUCCAUGUGAUUUCAUGUUUUUAAUUAUGAAAUGGCAGGUUAGACACUUUUGGAAGCAAAUAGGUUCAUACUCAGACGUUAGACAGAAUGCAUUAAGUUCUAUAAAUAUAUUUUACAUUGGUGUGUUCCGACUGAACGGUAGUAAAACUAUUAGAUGUCACCGACAGUGUUUGUAACUUAGCACCAGUCGGAUUGUUCCGACUUCCAACUUACGGAUUGUAUCACUCGCGUCCAGAACAAUAUGAAAACACUGAUUUUGGAACAGCCGUUGUUUCACAAUUGGCACUUUUGUUUAACUGGGCGAGUUAACGACUUAAAUGUUCAAUUGGUGUAGAAACUGCAAUACUGUCUUUUUAGGAUUCUGCUGAUAUCCAUUGAGUGUGUGCAUACACGCGCGCACUUGACUCACAGCAAUAAUCAAAGCAAUAACGACUAUCAAUAGCCAGAUAUUGUUAAAAACUACAGGUGUGAUUCUGCCAAUGUGUGCAUGUAACAGUCUCACUUCAUCCAGUGCCUUUUAUAAGACUUAUAAAAUGUUUUUUAAAAAUCUAUAACUACUCUAUAUUCUCAAAAUUGUAUCUUAUUAUGCAAUCUUUUGAUGUUAAUGUUGGAUGUAUGUAUUGCAAAUAAAUUGUCAGUCAUAAGUGGAAUAUAUGUCGCAUAUGAAUACAUUUAAUAAAGGUCAGUUAAUUACAA